CGGGCCCGGGGGGUCGGUUUCUCUCAUAAUACAAAUGAAAUAGAAGCACUAGAGACCAGUAGAUUUUAUGAAGACAGUGGCUAUUCUUCAUCUUCUCAAUUAAGUGGCCUCAAUGAACAUGAAGAAGAUAGCCUCCUGGAGGAAAAUUUCAGUGACAGUCCACAAUCCUGCCUGCUACAGGUACAAAGCCCAGACCAAUAUCCCAACAAAAACUUGCUGCCAGUUCUUCAUUUUGAAAAAGUGGUUUGUUCGACAUUAAAAAAGAAUGCAAAAUGAAAUCCUAAAGUAGAUCAGGAGAUGCUGAAGGAAAUUAUAGCCAAAGGGAAUUUUAGACUGCAGAAUAUAAUUGGUAGAAAAAUGGGCCUAGAAUGUGUAGAUAUUCUCAGUGAACUCUUUCUAAGAGGACUCAGACAUCUCUUAGCAACUAUUUUGGCACAACUCAGUGAUAUGGACUUAAUCAACCUGUCUAAAGUGAGCACAACUUGGAAGAAGAUCCUAGAAGAUGAUAAGGGGGCAUUCCAAUUGUACAGUAAAGCAAUACAGAGAGUUACCGAAGACAAUAAGUUUUCACCACAUGUUUCAACCAGAGAAUAUGUUAUGUUCAGAAGCCCACUGGCUUCUGUUCAGAAAUCAGCAUCCCAGACUUCUCUCAAGAAAGACGCUCAAGCCAAGGUAGCCAGUCGAGGUGAUCAGAAAGGUUCUGCUUACAGUCGACACAAUGAAUUCUCUGAGGUUGCCAAGACUUUGAAAAAGAACGAAAGCCUCAAAGCUUGUAUUCGCUGUAAUUCACCUGCAAAAUAUGAUUGCUAUUUACAAAGGGCAACCUGCAAACGAGAAGGCUGUGGAUUUGAUUAUUGUACAAGGUGUCUCUGUGAUUAUCAUACUACUAAAGACUGUUCUGAUGGCAAGUUCCUCAAAGCCAGUUGUAAAAUAGGUCCCCUGCCUGGUACAAAGAAAAGCAAAAAGAAUUUACGAAGAUUGUGA